AUGCAUGCUUAUGAACAAAAACAGGCCAGUUCACUAUGGGAGGGACAGAGACUACCGUCAGGCAGUACUAAAACAACAGCUCACUUGUACCCCCGUUACGGUUAUGUGCCGGAAAAGCCAUGCGCCAGAAAGCUGAUGUCACCAACUCCCCGUGCAACAGGUCGUCCCUGGUAUCGGCAUGAUGCCACGCCCAUUUUCGCCGAAGGAACACACCCAUUCAACAAGGUGGGCCGCAUUAAUUCCAUGCUCCGCCCAUUCGUCCCAUCGAAGUUGGCUAAAUCGAUUGUUAGAGACCGGGAGAGAGCACGGCCUGCCUCCGCCCUGUGUGAUCCGUGUAGGAAAGGGGCAGCAGCAGUAGCAACAGGUGCCCCCCGCCCCGCGAUGGCUGAGACCACCCCUAUCCUGCCCAAGCAGCCAUCGUCCAAUCCGGCGGCGCCGUCGCCCUCUACGACACAACCUCCAACGACGCAGGACACUCCCAUAUUGCCGAAACCUAUCACCGGUAGUGCCGGUACAAAUGGUACUCCUGCCGUGGCACAACAACCGCAGCCUCAGGCUACAUCCAUACAACACCAACAGGUCCAAUUCAUACCAAUUGCCACUCAAAAUCAGAGUGGACAGCAACCGACGCAAGUUCAACUCAUACCGGUUACAGGACCGGGACAAACUCAACAGUUCUUAGUAAUACAGCAACCGGCAAUUGCUAGCCCUUCAAUACCAAUUCAACCAGCCGGUAUACAGCAGACUAAUCAAUUUUACAUUGUACAACAACCUACAGCUGGCCCCAAUCAGGCGCCGCAACAGAUAGCAUUUAUACCGCUGCAGAUGCACCCAGCUCCAGACACGAAACCAGUAUUAGCCAGUUUGCACGCGCAACCUCAUCAUUUACAACAGCAGACUUUACAACAGAUGCGAAAUGUGGAAAUGCAACAACCACAGCAAACAAAUACAAAGCAAGAAAUGGAUGAUGGGAGUGCUAAUGGUGUCACUACCCAACAAAGGAUAAAAUUAGGGAAUUUGCAUUUCAUCCAAGAUCCGAAUGAUCCUCAGAAGUGGAUAAUUACCACAGCAGCAGGCGAUACAGCCGAGACACCCAGUCAAGGAUAUCGUUACAAUCGUCAAAAUGAAUUCGAUGCUACACCAAGUGCUUCAACUGUCGGCCAGCAACUAGGAUAUAAGCAGCAGAAAACGCCCAAAAGAACUGCGUGUAAUUGCCCGAACUGUCAAAACAGCACCAACAACAAGUUGGUGAAAAGUGGCGAGAAACAGCGUUUGCACAUUUGUCAUUUGUGUGAAAAAACUUACGGGAAGACGUCACAUUUGCGAGCGCAUUUAAGAGGUCAUGCAGGACAAAAACCAUUCGCAUGCGACUGGGCGCAUUGUCAAAAAAGGUUUACACGUUCCGAUGAGUUGCAGCGGCAUCGUAGGACACAUACUGGUGAAAAGCGGUUUGCUUGUGGCCACUGUGGCAAGAAAUUUAUGCGAUCAGAUCAUUUAACGAAACACGAAAGGACGCAUUCAACAGUACGUGGACAUGGUAAUUCAGAAUUAAGCGCACGAGCACGUGGAUCUGUGGAUGCAACUGUACGGGCAGUAGCAUCAGCAGAAGUUAAUUCAUCACAAACAAAUCUUAUCAGUACACAACAGCAUACUAUUAUUAAUUCAAAUUAA